CAAACUUAAACCCUGAUAACAAAAGCUUAGAAGCUCAAAAUACUACUAACAAACAAGAUCAAACAACCGAAACCUCUGUGAGUCAUCAACAACCUCAGCCCAAAAAUCGUCUUGAAGAUUACUAUUCAAAAGAAGAAAAUACAAACAUUUAA